AAAUUGGCCAGUGCCUGUUGUAACAGUCUUCAAAUACGUCUCUCGGGGUGACGGCAACAACCAGUUGGCUUAAUACACGCCUCGUUAGUAGAACGUGUGUGGAACGGGUUUGCUUUGAAUAACAAUUUCGAUUUAAAAUGUGUGCAGGCUCAUAAAACGCUUUGGAGAUUACCAUUAAAAACUCUGAGCUACACAGAGAAAAAAAAAACAAACAACAUAAAAUCAAAAAUCUUAACUUGAGGCUAACAUUGUCAGUUUAAGAUUACCAAAAAAAUGACUAAAAGCUGAAGCCAAACAUGGAUUUCGAUGAGAUUCUAGCCAAGUGCGGUAACAGCCAUCGCUAUCAGUAUCUACUCUUGGCACUCUAUGGUUACCUGAUGGUCGUCGUGUCCAUGCACUACUUCUCCCAGAAUGUGAUCAGUUUUGUUCCCGAUCACUGGUGCUAUCACGAGCAGCUGGAGAAUCGCAGCUUUGAACAGAUCGCGGCCAUCUACAAUCAGUUCGAGAGACCUUCAUGCACCCGACUGGAAAGUAUUGAUUCAGAGGGACUCAAUGCGACUGUGAGUGAGGAGCGUUGUGAUCGCUGGAUUUAUAACUAUGAUUUUGGUUAUAGGAGCAUGAACAGUGAGCUCAAUUGGGUCUGUGAUGCGGCUUACAAGGCACGCGUGGGGCAAUCAUUUUUCUUUGUGGGCUCCAUGUGUGGCACGCUUUUAUUUGGCGUGUUGGGUGAUCGAAUUGGACGGAUUAAGUCGCUCAUUUUGGCCAAUUGGUGUGGCUUCUUGGGCGACUUUGUGACCAUCUUUACACAGAAUGUGACUGCAUUUUCGAUAACUCGUUUCGUUUCUGGCCUGGCCGCAGACGCAAACUCGUAUUUGAUGUUUAUUCUGAUUUUUGAAUAUGUUUCACCAUCGAUGCGCAAUGUGGGUCUCAACACGGUUUUGGGCAUUUUCUACGCAUUGGGUCUAAUUUGCGCCUCCUGGCUGGCUGUGCUUGUGGGUAAUUGGCGCCUGUAUCUCGCCUGCUCCUCGCUGCCACUGCUGCUGGUCACACUCUUCUAUUUCCUGGUGCAGGAGAGCGCCCAGUGGCUGGUCACACGCAACGAUAUCGAUGGCGCCAUCCGACGCCUGCGACGUGUGGCCAAAAUCAAUCGGCGCGUUGUCAGCGAUGAUGACUUCAAGGCCUUCAACAGCUACUGUCAGCAGCACUACCACAAGGUAGCAAAGGGCGAGGGCGAUGGCGAUGGCAAUGGCGAGAGUGGAGACGCUGGCGAGGAGCCACAGGCCAAGCUGCUUGACAUGCUGAAGACGCCGCGCAUGCGCAGCAGCGCAUUUAAAAUGCUGCUCAUUUUCAUCAUUGUUGUGCCCUGCUACAAUACCCUGGCACGCAAUGUGGAGGGACUGGGCAUAUCGCCGUUUAUAAUGUUCUCGCUGACGGCGUUGACGUUGCCACCGUCGGGCUAUCUGCAGGGUGUGCUGCAGGAUGCCACUGGCCGCAAGAUGACCGCCUUCAGUUGGAUGGCAAUUACGGGAAUUUUCGCAGGAGCAGCAGGACUCGUUAUAGCACAGGGCGAGAAUGGUAGCGUCGUGCUACUAGUCGGCUUGACGCUUGUGGCACGUUUCGGCGUCUCGAUUGCGGACGGUGCAAGUUCACAGCUCUGUACCGAACUGAUACCCACUUGUGUGAGGGGCAGUGGCGUUGCUGUGGUGCACGUUGCUGGCUUUGCGGCAUCUUUCCUGUCACCGUACAUUCUGCACUUGGGCACGUACUCCAAGUCGGCACCCUCUGUAAUCCUGGUCCUGCUCUUCUUCUUGGGCGCCUAUGUCUGUCUGCUGCUCCCCGAGACACGCAACAGGAAGCUGCCCAUCUCUCUCGCCGAGGGGGAGGAGUUUGGCAAGGGCGAGCGAAUGUUUGAUUUUCUGCAGCAGUUGCGCAAAAAGCCGGACACAAAGGACACUGAGCUCCACACAGAGCUGAAAACGCCAGAAAUUAUAGAUACAUAAAAUAAUUUAGUUGCAAUUCAAUAAUCGGACGAAUUAAUUACACUCUAUCAAUUGAAUAUUAAUUUUAAUUUAAACAAAAUUGUUAAACAUUCCAUUGAAAAUAUGAUAAAUUAUGGUUUCACUUAUGGAUUACGUUUAUUAAAUAAUAUUAAUAAGAGUAAAUUUACGCAUCAAUCAAGAACACAUAGUUCGAUCAAGAACCGCUUGCCUCUUAAAUAUAAUUCUUAUGCUCGAAGAAUUUCAUAUAUGUUAUAUGUUAUUUUAUACACAUUGUUCUUAUAUUAAAUCAAUGAUAAUUUCUUAAAACUCUUUGCUACUUUAAUUAAGUACAAAUUAAAUGCCAAAUAAAU